AUGUCGAAGAUAACUUACAAAGUGACCAAGAGGAUUCAUGAAGGGAAGAAACCUUUGUGUUCUGUUGUUUUUAACUUCAUUGAUCCUCGUUUUUACAAUUUCUUUGUCACCGCUGGUGGAAAUGGGGUAAAACAGAUCUCUUCUUUUUCGAAAUCUCCGUUUAAGGUUUUCAAGUUCUGGAUUAAUAUUUACAACUGUCUCGAAGAUGCAGGCAUAGCUUCAUUGCACUCCUACACUGAUGAAGAUACGGAGGAGUCAUUUAACACUGUAAGCUGGGCGCUAGGCCUCCUUGAAGGGAACCCAUUUGUUGCGGCUGGAGGAUUGAAAGGCAUAAUUCGAACCCUUGUGGGCCACGAGAAUUCAGUGAAUGAAAUUAAGACACAUCCUAUGACAUCUCACCUUGUGCUUUCUGCUAGCAUGGAUGGAUUUGUUCGAUUGUGGAAUGUUGAAACUGGGGUAUGUAUUCUGAUAUUUGCUGGAACAGCUCCAGUUCUAAGUGUGGAGUUUAAUCCCCGGGAUAGGUACAUUUUCGUUAGUUGUGGCAUGGACACCACUAUUAAGAUAUGGUCAAUUGAAGAGGUUUGGACAUCUGUCGAGAAGUCAUUCACAUGGAAAGAUGAUCCAUCAAAGUUCCCAACAAAAUUUGUAGAGCUCCCUGUAUUUACAGCGUCAUGUCGUAUAACUAUGCUUAAUUGUAACCGUUGGUUUGAUGAUUUUAUUCUUUCAAAGAGUAAGGCGAAUGAGUUCCUAUUGUGGGUACCACAACGUAAAGAUAAUUCUCCUGGAGAGGGAAUGAGAAAGGCAAGAUUUAUGUCUGGGAUUUAA